AUGAAGAUCUUCUCCGUAUUCGUUGCCCUCUGCGUAUUCAGCCAACAAGGCGCUGCCUUUUCCUUCCAACAUGGACAAAGCGUCCGCCCUCAGUCUGCCCUUUCUAUGACUGUUGUGGAAAAAGAGACCAAAACUGUGAAAGUCGGUGUCAUCGGAUGCGGUCGUAUCGGUCUAGUUCACUUGGAAGCUAUCACCAAGGCCCCUGGAGUCACCCCGGUCAUUGUUUCUAACCCCACUGUUUCCAAGGCUGAAGCAGCUGCUGCACAAUAUAAUGUCCCCAAGUUCACUGCUGAAGCCAUGGACGUCAUUACCGACCCAGAUGUCGAUGCUGUCUGGAUUUGCUCUCCUUCCCAAUACCACGCCGAGCAAAUCAAGGCCGCUGCUGCCAAUGGAAAGCACGUCUUUUGCGAAAAGCCCCUUGCCACCGAUCUUUCCGAGACUGUUGAAGCCAUCAAUGCCUGUUCCGAGGCAGGUGUCAAGCUCAUGACUGGUUUGCAACGCCGAUUCGACGAGAACUUCAAGCGUGUCCGCACUGCUGUCGAAAACAAGGAAGUCGGAGAAACCAUCAUGAUCAAGUUGUGCUCUCGUGACCCUGCUCCACCACCGUUCGCUUACGUUAAGGGAGGCGGCGGUAUCUUCGCCGAUAUGGCCGUCCACGAUUUGGACAUGUCUCGUUUCCUUGCUGGAUCCGACCCCAUUGACAUUCUUGCCAUUGGAUCUUGCCACAUUGACAAGGAAAUUGAAAAGCUUGAGGGAUCUGAAGCCUUCGACACUGCCUCCUGCAUCGUUCGUUACCCCGGUGGUGUCCAAGCCAUGAUUGAUGUCUGCCGUCAAUCUUCGUUCGGAUACGAUCAACGUGCCGAAGUUCUUGGAACCAAGGGAAUGAUCCAAACCGACAACGUUUACCCCAACACUGCCAGAAUCUUCCGCGGUGACUUCACCGGUAACGCCGAUAUGCCAUACGAUUUCUUCCUUUCCCGUUACAACGAAGCUUACGUCACUGAGACCAUUGCCUUCUGUGAUUCUCUUGUCAACGACACACCAGUUCCAUGCACUGGACAAGAUGGUCUUGCUGCCCUUAUCAUGGCUAUUGCCGCCGACAAGUCCGCCGCCGAAAACAGAUGGGUUCGAUUCGAUGAAGUUGUCCAAUCGGUCUACUGCACUGGACCUAUGGAGUGCCAAUUGGUUGCCGAGAGCGAUGUCUUUCCAGAAAGCUUCCGACCAUCUAACAGCCCCAAGGAGUUGUUGGUCCCUGAGUACGACGAACAAAAGGGAAAGAAGAAGGAGAAGGAAGGAAACUGGUUCAAUAACCUCUUUUCCAGUUAA